AUGAAUAUAAAAAUAAAUAACGACCUUGAUUUUAAUGUCAGUUGUGACAAAUAUAAAGACGAGUUUGAAAAUUUGAAAAGUUACAAAAGCAACUUCAAUAAAUAUGAUGUACUAUAUAAUGAUAUAGACAUAGAAUCAAAAAAACUCAAAGAAUACAAAGAUAGGAUACAAAUGAUAAGUGAAAAUUCAUUUACACUUUUUGAAGAUAUCAAAAUUAAAUUAGAAAAUUUUAAUAAGUUAAACGAAGAAAAAGAAAAUAUAAUUUCCCAAUGUUGUGAAAUGACUAAAGGAAUUGUAGGUGAAAUAAGUAAAUUAAAAGAAAAAAAAUUUAAUAUUCAAAAAAAGGAAAUAAUUUGUGAGAGGAUUUUAGAAGAAUAUAGUUUAAGCCCUUUAUGCUAUAAUAAUUUAACAGACAUAAAAAUAUCAUUAAAUAUGGAAUUUUUUGAACACUUAAAACAAUUUGAAUGCACAAAAGAAAGCAUAGCAAAAUUGUUAAGUGAAAAUUCAUCUGAUAAGUUGGAUAAAUUUUACUCAAAACAUUAUAAUAAAAUUUUGAAUAAAGCUUGUAAAAAAAUAUGUUUACAUGUUAUUAGGGAAGAUAAUAAACUUUAUAUAACGAAUACAAAUUUUAUUGAUUUAUUAUUAUUUCCUAAUAAUGAAGAACAUGAGAAUAAAAAAAAUAUGAUAAAAAAUCAUAUGGACAAUUUUUCUCCACUAACUAAAUUAUGUUAUAAAAUUAUUACCGAAAAUAUAGAAUAUUUUAAUAUUUGUCUAAACAAUUUUAUACACUUAAAAAAAAAAUUGCUAACUAAAAAAUAUAAUUAUUUAAUAAGUAACAAGGAUAAGUUAUAUCUAAACACAAGUCUUGAAGUAGUAGAUAUAAAAUAUGAUUCUUUACAAAAUUUUAAAUAUUUUUUUUCUGUUAUGUAUUAUCUUAUAACUUUAGAAGACAUAUUUUUUAGAAUAUUAUUGUUAUUUAAUUUUGAUAAUAAAAAUGACACAUUUUUAUAUAUAUCCGCACACAUUGAAAAUAUGCACAACAAUUUAUACAACAUAAGUGAUACUUUAUUUGUUUUAUAUAAGCAGUUUAUUGAAACGAAUAUAAAUAUAUGUCCUAAAAGUUAUCAAUUCUAUUAUAAGUUAUUUCAUAUAUUAGAUGCUUUUGUUUUUAAAUUAAAGCGGUUUCAAAAUAGUUAUGAUGGUGACCAAGAAAUUAGAAAACUUAUAUCAAAAUAUUCCAUAGAAGCAUUUAAAUAUAAUAUUAAUAUAAAUUAUGACGAAAAUAAUCACAUGGAUACACCUAAUUUAAGAGCACGAAAUUCCUAUUUAUAUAGCACAUCUGAUAAAACAUCCCAUUAUAAUAAAAUAAAUAAAAACAUGAACGAAAAUAAUCGUUAUAUAGAUUCUUUAAAUCUAAGUAGUACUAUAAAACCCCAAGGUGCUAAACAUGAAAAUGACAGUGAUAUAAAUAAAAGAGAAACUGCAGAAAAAAGGGAUGAUAGUUAUCAGUUAGAAUAUGACGAAGAAAAUGAUGAGAUAAAUUCCUCAUUUAUUGAAAAAAAUGAAGUUGAUAAUAAUUUAACAACCAAAGAUGUGAAGGAAAAAAAUGAAAGUAAUAAAAAAGAUGUUAAAAAGGAUAAUAGUGAAAUAAUUAAUAAGUUAAAUGAAAAAAAAAAUAGUUUAGAAAAAUAUAAUUGUAAAAUAUUAAAUUAUACUCAAAAAAUCCAAAAAAAAAUUGAAAAUGAGUUUAUUGCAUUAUGGCAACACGAUGUUGUAACAUUUUAUAUAGAUAAUAUCAAAAAAAUAGAAAACAAUUAUUUUGAUAAUUCACGAAUUUACAUAAAAAAAAUUUUGAAUUCUCUAAAUGAUCUAUACUCGAUAUAUAAAAACAGUGUAUUAUUUAACACCAAUAAUAAGGAUCAAAAUUUUCAAAAUGUGCUUGAUAUUACCAUUAAUCCAUUAAUAAAUAACUCCUUAAAAUGUAAAAACCAAAGUGGUGAAAUUGAUUAUCAUAUAUUUAUUAUAAAUAUAUUUAUAUUUAUACAAGAAAAUAUUAAAUCAUUUGAAGGGUCAACAAAAUACUGUGACUUGUUAACUAUUAUUAUUAAUGAACAAAAAGAAAAAAUAUUACAUUUUGAAAAAGACAAUUUAAUAAGUUAUUUAAAGAUAGAUAAAAUUAAUAAAAAGACAAAAUCAAACAACUUAGAAGAAACAAAAUCUAUUAUAGAUAAUUUUUAUAAAUUUGUUUUUUCUGAAAACUUUAAUAAUUUUAAUAUUAUAAACCAAAUUGAAUCCAAUGAAUUCAAGGAAAAUAUAAAAUUAGAAAUAUUUCGUCAUAUAUAUAAAGAAUACGAAAGUAUUUAUGAAAUAUAUUUAAAUGAUGGCAUAUUAAUUUAUACACCUAAUCAAAUAAAAGAAGUUUUCUUAAAAAAUUAUGACCCUUAA